AUGGAAGCGUUCCAAGACGCAACCCUCCCUCCCUCCGCAAUCGACGCCGCGAAACGCGUUCUCGCGGCGUGGGAGGAAAUCGAUAUGGAAGGGAAGAAAUCCGGGUGGGACGCGUUAGGGUUGACGAUCUCGCAGUUCCAGGAGACAAGUUCGAAGAACCGACGGUCUCUCGCGGAGCAGACGAAGGCGUUCAAGAGCAGCGGCGGGGAGAAGAAGGACUUUGCUCCUUUGCUCAAGGCUUACCAGGCGGAGAUCGACUCGAUCACGAAGCGCGCGAAGCACGCGGAGAGCGCGUACCUGGGCGUGUACCAGGCGCUCUACGACGCGCCCGACGUGCUGCCGCUGCUGCGCUCCUUCGUGCCCGUCGCGGCGCGCGUGGCCGGCGCGGAGCAGGAGGCGCGGCGACUGCGGCAGGAGAUGGAGAUCGUGCGUGCAGAUGCAGCAGCAGGCAAGGCGCUGCAGGCGUCACUGCAUCGCCUGCAGGAGCGCAACACAGAGCUGGAGGAGCGUCUGACAGAGAAGGUGCGGGAGGCGCUGGAGGAGAGGGCGGGGGAGAUGGAUGCGCGCAUGCACGUCUUCCGCCAGCGCGAGGCGGACCUAGAGGCGCGCAUCCGCGAGGGGAUGGAGAACCUGGCCGCCAUGCAGAGGGCGAACGAGGCGAUGCAGGGCGUGGUGUUUGAGGCGAAUGCGCGCAUGGAGGAGGAGAGGGCGAGCAAGCAGCACGAGAUUGACGGGCUCAUGGAGGAGCUCGAACGCAGCCAGGCUCGUGUGAACAUGCUGGACCAGCGUCUCUCUGCUGCCACCGCUGCUGCUGCUGCUUCACCCCGUCUUCGCCCUGCUUCUGCCACUCCCGCUGCUGCCGCUGCUGCUGCUGCUGGUGAAAGCUUACCCGGGGAAGAAAACACUGCUUCAGCUACAGGAGAAUCAACCACUGCAGGGAAGGAGGGGGGUGCUAAGUCUCCUGCAAUUCUCUCAGCAUCAGCAUCGGCUUCAGAUGCUGUGUCUGUGUCUGUUCUAGAGGAGCCUGAGGAGGCUAAGGAGAGGCUUGUGUCUCGCCUGCACAUGCAGCUGCAGCAGAUGCAAGAGACGCUGCAGCGCGAGAGGGAGGAGUGGGAGGGCGCGUUGCAGCAGGCGCAGCAGCAGGUGGCGGAGAGGGAGGCGCAGGUGCAGCAGGCACAGGCGGAGCUGCAGGCAAGGGCUUCCCCCGCGCAGGUGGAGGAGCUGAGGCAGCAGAUCCGCGUGCUGCAGGCACUAGCAGGUGCCGAAGUGGAUGAUAUCGACGGUGCAGAUCUCUCCUCCUCCCUCUCCUCCUCCUCCACUGCAGCCAACGCACUCCCAGCAGCAGCAGGGGGCGGAGGUGAAGCCGGAGCAGGAGCAGGAGGGCUGGAAAGAGAGCAAGGAGGCAAGGGGGGGGAGGAAGGAGGAGCAGGAGGGGGAGCAGCAGCAGGAGCAGGAGCAGCAGGAGGGGUUUUACUCACAGAGGAGCAGCGAAUCCAAGCAGCACUGCGGGAGAGCAACCGCCGGCUAAUGGCAGAGCUCACAGCAACGCGCAUCUCCCUCUCAGAGAGCCGGCUGGAAGCCGAGGAGAAAGCAGCACGCGUGGUGGCCCUAGAGGAGGAAUGCAGCGAGCUGCGUGCGCUCGUGCAACGGCUAGAAGAGGACAUUGUUGCUGGGAGCGGGUCGAUUAGAGAGAUUCUCGGGCAGUCUGGGGUGGGCGGGCAGGGGAAGAAGGGAGGGUUUCUGGGCGGAGGGGCAGGAGGGGCUGAAGGGACUGCUGCAACAAUGGCUUCUCUGCUUGGGGGUGGGGGAGAUGGAGGAGGGGGAGGAGAGGGGGGAGGGGGAGGAGGAGGAGAGGGGGGGCGAGGGGCGGCGGGGAGCGAGGGAGCGGGUGGCGGGGGAGGGAGAGGGGCGGCGGGAGCGGCAGGGGAGGAGGGGCAGCGGGAUAUGCUGCUGAUAGUGUGCGAUCAGAGGGAGCGGUUCCGCAAGCGAGUGCAGGAGCUGGAGGAGCAGACGGGCGCCCUGCAAGAGCAGCUCAACCGUGCGAAUCUGGAGACCCAGCGAGUGACGAAUGACAAUAUGGCGCUAUACGAGAAGAUCCGAUUCCUGGAGCAGUACAACCGCCGCUCCUCUGUUCCCAUGCGCAAGCUUUCCCCUUCAGGAGAUGAUGAUGGUACAGGCUCCUAUGGAGCAGAAGGAGGAGGGGCCGGAGGUGGAAUGGGAGGGGAGGGAGGAGGAGGAGGAGGAGGCGGAGGAGGGAUGCGGGGCUCUAUGCAAGGAAGGAACGGAGGGGUAGGGGUGGGAGCAGGGGCAGGGGGAGGGGGAGCAGGGCCGUCUGCUUCUGACGUGGUGAUUUUUGCGGGGGUGGCAGGGGCCCGGGCGGCAAGAUAUGCGUGUUUUGGCGUAUCUGAUGCUCCGGAUUCGGGAGACGGGGCGGCAGGAGGAGCAGCAGGCGCAGGAGCAGGAGGAGCAGGGAUGGCUGGUGCUGGUGGCUGGGGUGGGGCAGGGGCAGGGGCAGGGGCAGGGGCAGCAGGGGCGGCAGGGGCAGGGGGGCCAGCGGGGGCAGCGGAAGUGAGAUACAGAAAGCUGUAUGAGGAAAAGAUGAAUCCCUUCACGGAGUUUCACCAGAGGGAGCAGGAGAAGAGCUACCGGAAUCUGCGCCUCCACGAUAAGAUCACUCUCAACAGCAGCCGCUUCCUGCUCACAAACAAGUACGGCCGCGCCUUUGUAUUCUUCUACACUCUUCUCCUCCACCUCUUCAUCCUCGCCCUCCUUUACCGCUCCAUGCACCGCCGGACCAUCGUCCUCACCCCUGCCGCCUCCACCUAUCCUGCUGGUACUUCUGGUGCUGCUGGUGCUGAAUUAGGGUUUCUAAACGGAUCAGCAUCUGGAAUGCUUUCCCCUGCCACUUCUCUAGGUACAGGCAUAGGACCUAGAGAAACAGGGGUGCCGGGGCGGGAUGGCGGGGGAAUGGGAGUUGGGAGAGUAGGGGAGGAGGGGGAUGGUGGGGGAAAAUCCAAGCCAGAAGUUCACACAAUUGCAGAGAGUAUAGCAGAGAGUGUUGGUGCUAUGCUGCAGACUACUCACGCGCUCACUUCUGCUGCGGACGGGUCGUGUCUGAAACGCAACGACUACCAAACCAGCAGAUGUACCUCCCCCAUUCGUCGCCUGCACGAGUGCUGCAUGAAGUUGCAAGGCGCUGGCGUGACCUCUCCGCACUGCGCUGCUGUGGACGCGCUUCUGCCGCGGAAGGAGCUGGCGGAAGGAAAGCCAGCGGAGGGUUUCGGGAAAGAGAACGGGGACUGGCACAAGCUGGAACGUGGUGAAGGGGAUUAG